AUGAGAAUCACAGUAAGAAUACAGAUACGGCAAUUUGCUUCUUGUGCUAGAAGUCUUCAACAGCAGGCGUCACAGCCCCUGACAAAACCGCCAAAGCCAAUAAGUCCACACGUAUGUUACUCGCACUCACUAUCAUCUGGCUUGAUAACUAACAUCAUACUUUCAGGCUGCCAUAUACAAAGAAUUUGGAAUUCCCUGGAUAAAAGUGGUUGGUACUGCAUUUGUGUCAUACUACGGUUUAAUCUACCUUUGGCAGUUCCUGGAAAGCUCGGAACCACAGGUCGCAAAAGUAGUGGAAGAAUAAGAGAUGAAACUGAAGUCAAUUCAUGCUGA